AUGGCUCACGGUGGAGCUGGCAACAACUUGGACGACUGGCGUUAUGAGAUGAGACGAGAAAUUCAAGAGAUCUUGCCUAACGUUUUCCUGGGUCCAUACUCAGCUUGCCGUGAUACCCAAGCACUGAAGUCUAAAGGCAUUACACACAUAGUAUGCUUUUUUGACAGCAAAGAAUCCACUAUAUUUCGAACAAACGUUCUGGCAUCAUCUUUUGAAUUUACUUGCAUCGAGGUGUCAGAUUCACCACUACAAAACUUAAUACCGCAGUUCCCUACAGCCACCAAACUCUUCAACAAUGCAAUAAGCUCUGGUGGGAAGGUAUUAGCAUGUUGCAAUGGAGGCAUGUCAAGAAGUCCUACGUUUGUAAUUGCAUAUAUAAUGGAAACGUUUCGAGUCGACUUUAUACGAGCAUAUCAAUUCGUCCAAGGAAAGCGAUUAUGUAUCAAUCCCAAUGAAGGCUUUAAAAGUCAGCUGAAGGUCAGUUUUUAUCUACUAGGCUAG